AUGCACUCCGUGGCUAUGGGGGCACCCAAUGCAUCCUGGUGGGCUCUGGCUAACUCAUCAGGCUGCCCUAGCUGCAGCGCCAAUGCUUCAAACGGCCUGGACCUCACGCCAUGGCCCGUGGACGCCUGGCUCGUGCCGCUCUUCUUUGUUGCCUUGAUGCUGCUUGGCCUAGCAGGGAACUCGCUGGUCAUCUAUGUUAUCUGCCGCCACAAGCAGAUGAGGACGGUGACCAACUUCUACAUCGCCAACCUAGCAGUCACGGAUGUGACCUUCCUGCUGUGUUGUGUGCCCUUCACGGCCCUGUUGUACCCGCUGCCUGCCUGGGUGCUGGGAGACUUCAUGUGCAAGUUUGUCAACUACAUUCAGCAGGUUUCAGUGCAGGCCACGUGUGCCACUCUGACAGCCAUGAGCGUGGACCGUUGGUAUGUGACAGUGUUCCCGCUGCGUGCCCUGCACCGCCGCACACCCCGCCUCGCACUCGCCGUCAGCCUCAGCAUCUGGGCUGGCUCUGCCGCAGUGUCUGCGCCGGUGCUUGCUCUGCACCGCCUCUCGCCGGGACCACGCACUUACUGCAGCGAGGCCUUUCCCAGCCGCGCCCUCGAACGCGCCUUCGCGCUCUACAACCUGCUGGCGCUUUACCUGCUUCCGCUGCUCGCCACUUGUGCCUGCUACGGGGCCAUGCUGCGCCACCUAGGCCGGGCCGCUGUGCGCCCUGCGCCUGCAGACAGUACUCUCCAGGCGCAGCUGCUGGCUGAGCGGGCAGGCGCUGUACGCGCCAAGGUGUCGCGACUGGUGGCAGCGGUGGUCCUGCUCUUCGCGGCCUGCUGGGGACCCAUCCAACUGUUCCUGGUGCUGCAGGCGCUCGGCCCGGCCGGCGCCUGGCACCCACGCAGCUACGCAGCCUACGCGCUCAAGACUUGGGCGCACUGCAUGUCGUACAGUAAUUCCGCGCUGAAUCCACUGCUCUACGCCUUCCUGGGUUCCCACUUUAGACAGGCCUUCCUCAGUGUCUGCCCCUGCGCGCCUCUACGCCCACGCAGGCCAGAGCCCUCGGACUCCGCUGCCCCCCACGCUGAGCUGCACCGCCUGGCUGCCCACCCCGCCACCGCCAGGACACCGAAGCCCGGGAGAAACGAGGCAGCCCACAGGCUGUGUAUCCUGGAGGAACACACUGCCCCUCUCUGA